ACACGAUCUUCACCCUAAAUUGACUGCAAGGACGAUGAGCUCAUGGAGAGUUCACGCAAUGUACAUGGCCAUAAUAAGUGCGUCCCUCAGAGAAAGUCUACAACCUGCCUGUAGCAAGUUGCACUUAACACUAAUGGCGGUACUUAGCUUUCUAAUCGAUGACUAAUAAGCAAAACGUCGAUGUUGUUAGAGCCGGAGCAGACAUACUUCGACAGAGUCUGAAUUUCUAGACUGGUCGGUUCAAAUCUGGUGGAGUGUUUUGACAUGAUAACAGGUAAACUUUUUAAUUUCCAGUAAGUUUUAUAUUAAUGUAACUUCAGGGCUUUAAAUUUUAUCCUUUUUACUUUGGUCCAUAAUUAUCGUAUGGAGUACAGAAGGAAAACCAGCUGGUUGAUAUCUUCAUUGUAACCUGUCUUCAAAGAGAUUUAAGCGGUCGUUUACCGAAAACUAACGGAAAUUAUCACAACAUAUCGUGUAAAUGUCUUCGCUCGGUGUCUGCACAUUUAAUUGGUGAUAACCAAAUUAUGGCGCUACUUGAUACUGAAUUUAUAGUAAUGGAUAAUCUCCAAUCCUCAGUUAAGCACCAUGUACUGAGCAAAGGAAACCGCACAAAAUCCGAUUCAAUGGGUUUUGCUUCUCAGGCCGUGGUUUAAAGGAAAAUGUUGGAUACACGUGUUGUAAUUCAUGUUGGUUUCAUAAAAUACUGCAAGGAUCUGUACAAGUCCUUCAGUACAAUCAAGAGACUGUGACACUGGAGGUAUAAUAGUCUGCAGUUGCAAAUUUUACUGUUACUAAGUACUACGUGCUCAGUGAGUGACAAUUUUUUCUUUGACUAGCCCGAAUUCAAAUAGUACUUGCAUUAAUUUCCGACCAAGUAUGUUUAUCACUUGGGAACCGCAUUCUUAAUAGACUUAUAAGAGUUGAUCUAUAUAAUGCAGAAGCGCCUUUGUUUCACGAACAAUCAUGCCCACUUACAGGGCAAAAAACCUUCAAACGCGCGAUCAAUAAUAGUUUAAUCACUGCCAGGUUAAACAAAGGUGAUCCGUGAGGCAUGGCCAUAUGAAUGACAACAAGAACAGUAAUGGGUAACCUUGACAUAGAACUCCACGUUUCUCAGACAUUAACACACCUGUGACGAUUAGCUAACCACGUGGUUUUGCAGAUGUGUGAAUACUGUUUGUUUUCAGGACACGUGCGUUUUUGUGGACCAGCGGAUUAAUUUCAGGCUUCAGAAGGUUUCUGCUGCGUCUUAAUGCUUUUGAAUAUAUAUGUCUGCGAGGAUUCAAUUUAUUCUGCUAUUAGAUGCACCACUAAAAAUAGCUGGUUAGUAUAGUAUGCAAUAUUGCGAUAUCUAUGUUUUUAAUCUGUGUUCUAUAACCUUUUUCAGUUAAGCUCUCUUGUUAUGGGUUGAUAAUUAACUUUCGAUUUCACGAAAAAGCAAAACGUAAGUUUGAAACCAUUUAUUCUGUGCUGAACACAGUCUCCCAUUUAGCUGUCUAAAACAUGCAUUCGCCGAUAGUCGAUUCCUUCGAGAAAAAUGAAGCAAAACUAUCUCAAUAUAGAUAUUGAGAUGAGAUGAGAUGAGAUGUUUUCGAUGUUUUAGACAUUGUAUUGGGUUCCGAACCUUGCUAAAAAUGACUGUUGUUGGCUGAAGCACAGGUGCUAAAUUGUUAUGAGAAUCUUUGGUUAGUUGUUUUACUCAUCUUUCUAUUGGGAAUUUUCGUUUUCAAAUUGAAUUCAAGGAAUCUCUCUCUUUGUGGCCAAUACGAAUUGAGAGAGCACUGAUUUCACUCUUCGAAUACAUGAGAGCCAUAAUCCUUUGUCAGGUCUAACAUCAUCCGUAACGCAAGUCUUUCUCUGAUCUGAAAUAUAAUGAAAAUAUGCAUGCUUCCGGAAGGGAGGUUUUGAGCUUCUUAUCUAUGAAAUAACACGAUAUCAGCUAAUAAAAUUAUCUAUUAAGGGUCAAAAAUCUCAGGUAGCUUUGAAAAGAAAAUGAAGUGAAAGCGACAUGUAAGGAAGUUCUACACCGUACACUAAAGAGAAGCAACCAACUUAUACAUGCAAAUGAAGCUUUUCAUCGACGCACUUAUUGUGUAAAGAAAAGUGAAAGUAUGGCUUAAGGGCAUUUAUCCCUAUUUUUCCCACGCAAUAUUUAUGCGCAGAAAGUUUCACAGUGUUUACAACAUUUGUCGCGUCACUUAUUAAUUUCCUUGUUCAUAUGUUAUAAUUAAUGUCAUCCCUAACUAAUUUAUCACAGGUUAUGGUGGAAAGAGUAAUACAUUUCUUUAACAGAAACUCGUUUAUUUAUUCUAAAAGAGUUAUUCACACUUUUUCCAAGUUGUAAUGUAGGUGCACAUGUUUCGUUGUCCAGUGAUAGGUAUUUUAUUGCUGCAUCAAAAAUUUGUCAAAAAAGAAACUGAUCAAGACACAUUUUGAGUUUUUCCUCGGGCUUGAAAAGGCAGUUUCCAUUAGUUCCGAAACGGCCAGCACCUUUAAUCAAGUUGGAUCUUUUGUUUACGAAAUAAUCGUCGAUUUUCCCUUCGGUGGUAGGUUUUCAAACAUUGUCUUUGUUUACGGUUCGUUCAGUACCAGCUGCUGUGUCAAGUUUCUUCAGGUGUGGAGCAUAAACAAGAAUCCUCGACUGACCUUCUCUUUCUGAGUUUUUCGGCACCCUAACGAUUUUUUAAAACCUUACUGACAGCUGAUACAAAAAGCUGUUUUUAGAUUCACUAAAUCAUUGAAAGCCAGUCAGACACUCAUGAGUUCUGCUAAUGUUAGUGCGUUAUAUGUGUGCACCUAACCGCUCUCAGCACGAAACAUGUUCACUUAACCAUGUUUUGCCAAUAUAACAACAUGAGAUAACAAUAAGAAGUUAACCACAAAAAAUUAUGUUCUCUUCAUAAAGCGUUGUUAUGAUGCAUAGUUUUCACCGUGAACAUGACUUUUUAAUUCGUGUCGCAUCUAAAUUGUUUAAACAGCAUGAGGCAUUUUUUUUGGCCAAAUUGCCCGCUUAAGUAGUCAAUUGACCGUACUCAAAAGCCAACAGAAUGAUCAGCAAUAAUUUUGUCCACAAUUUUUUUUUUUGCAAAAUCUGCAUUUGACGACUCUCGGGAAUAUUUAAGAGUGUUAAGGAAUACAGUUGACGUUCAAGGAACCGCAACUGGUUUAAUACGACAACAGAUCUUGAGCCAUUGUUCUUCAGGUUAGAUUUCUAAAAAGAAAGGCAAUUUUCAUAUUCACAACAGAUAAAUGUUCACAAAAUGAAUAGUUACCGCUCCUUUCUCUACGACAUGAAGGUUUGAGGCCUGUAGGGGUCCUGUAGAUAUAAGAAAAAAUCUUCACUGGCACAAGUUUUAAAAUAGCUGCGAUCUUUUAACUGUUUCACUCCCCAAUAAUUAACCCAUUGGCCCUGUUCAUUUUCCUCAGCCCCCUCAUGCUCUCACAGUUCAAAUGUUGUUGUUGUCAAUCUAGUUUCCUGAUUUUAAAAAUUCCACCAUGAGGACCACAGCCACGAUAUUUCCAAAGAUACAACUCAGAAUUAUCAAAUGAAUAUUCGAAGCUAAGUAGGAUCGAGGUGAAAACCGAUAUAUGCAUCUUGCAGCCGAUUACUAUCAGUAUUUCUGACCGCAGUUAUUUUCAUUUAAUAUUUUGUAAGGUGAACAUGAAGCCCUUAAAAGAUCCAUAGAUAGCCGUGUGGUGUUCUCACUUUUUUUAACCCAGCAUUUUCAGUGCUCUUGCGAAUCAAAUAUUUCUUCACAUUGUUUACAAAGCUGGAUUGGUACUCUUGAAGACAGAUUAAAACGGGCCUAUUUUCGCUCUCGGAUAGCCGAUGUAUGAGUUUCUUCCGAGCCUGUUAAGAUCAGAUGAUCCACUACUAUUCCUUAUUAUAGAGUUCCAGAGUCCAGACGUCAUGUGACAGUAUCUCAAAGUCCACGCAUAUGUCGAGCGGCGACUUUAGGUAAGACUCACUCAAGUCGCCGCAUGCUUAGUAUAACCAGUCGUAAUAGCGUGCACACAUGGACUAAUGACGGUUAUUUUGAGCUAGGUACUGAUAUCUAUGACUAUUUUAAUACUUAACAGUUUCCGGGAAAAAGGGUAAACUUGCACUUUUUGUGAUCGCAGUUAUCUCCUCGAACACUCUUGAAAGGCAUUGAAAACGUCGUCCGGUCGAUAAAGAAAAUACGUAAUACAUUAUUAUGUCCAAGAACACAAGGAGUUACCGACAUGUGAGGAAAUUCUCGUUCUUUCUAAGACAUCAUAUCAAGGUAAAUGUGUCCUGUUUGGUUUUCAGUUGUAAAAAUAUUUGACAACAAGGCAUUUAAAAUCGUCUCAUAACACAAAUUCUUCCCCUGUUAGUCAUCAAAAAAUCCAUAUCACGCCCUCUGGGAAAGGUUACAUUUCCGAGCGCCACUCAAUGCAGUGACAGAAACUGGAUUUUAAAAAUUGUGAUAAGGUGGUUCUAAGCUAAAUUCGGCACAAUAGGCAAUUACUGCUGUAGCAGAGACAAAAAAAUUUUUCAUUUUAUCACUUUUUACACUGAACGAUAGACUUUAGAAUAAGCCUCUUGUCGUGAUUAACGAGACUUGCUUACGUCAGCUAUAAUAAACAGGAAAUUGUCCGACUUAAGGCCAAGGUUUUCAUCAUACAUGUAAUUCCAUAAGCCUAAAAUACAUCAAUAUUCUCGAGUUCUUUGAAAAGCAUUGUUCAUAACAAAAAUUCAUGCGGUAGUAAUUCUAGUUUCGUACAUGUUGUGCCUUAAAAUGAAUAGUGUGAAUUAACUCAGUUAAUUUCUCACUUCCUCGUAUUUAGAACGUGGUCCACCAGGGCAGCACAUCAAACUACCUAAUUUGUUUUCUCCUUCAUUUGAUCACUGACUUCCAGGAAAAAGUCUAGGAAUUCCCCUUUUUUGGAGAAGGUCAAGGCUCAGACAGUUUCAAGUACGAAAAAUAGGGAAAAGUUUCUUUAAAUUAAGAAACUGUCAGCUUGAGGCGUUUUUUACGAUAUUCGAAUAAGCUCUGUUGGUAAUCGUGUACAAAACCACAACAUGUUGCUUGAUAAUUGGCCACCUUUGUCUUAAUUCUGUGUCUCGCCAUCAAAAACAUUGUUUAACAUUGUGUUUUUCCGGACGGUUUCCGACAACGCCAUUUCCUCUCAUUCUUUUGCCGAUAGUCAUACAGAUUAUUUACGAAUCCCAGAAAUUUUACACAAAAUCGAACUUGACCCGACCUUCAUCGUCAGUCUCCGGUACACGCCAACGACUGAACAACACAAACGUUCCUGCACAAGUUUUACUUGAUCUGGCAUCAACAGUAGGUUUUAAUCUUGAUGUUUUUUAAAUUAAUUUACUCUAUCUGUAAGCAAAUUAUAUACGACAGUUUAAAAGCAAGCGCUGAUUCCCUUAAAACGCCUCAGGGCUUUAACGAUUUGAGGUUUCUGUCUAUGUGUGUCAAUUGAUCAAAUUGGACUCUCACUUAUUCUUGUGAAGGUCAUUUCCCAUGAUGAAUAUAAAAGCAAAAGGAAAACAAGUAAAAUAACAGACGACACUUCAUCCUUUACGUCCGUGAUCACUCAUACUUUUCGUCGUAUUUUGUUUAAGCUUAACACUACUAUGCUGAUAUUUUAAGCCGAUUUAUCUUCAUUUUUUCACCGCGGACUAUACAUUCCUGUGGUUUAUUCUAUCUUGAAUUGAGGGUUCUGUCUGUUCAAUUGUUGAUUUGCACAUUUUAACAUGGAUUCUUGAGUUUACAACAAUAGAGCUCACGCAUUUGUUAUUUGUUGUAAAAAUUUCUAUUCAGUUGCAUGUGGAGAGGCUCAGCCGGCUUGGAAUUAAUGCAUGGGGAAUAACACUCCAUAGUUUUCAUUCUCAGCAGGUCAGCUAACGACUUGCUUCCAUUAAACAUUUUUUUUUUUUUUUACUUUAAUUACAGCUAUAUCACUUACAUCACGGAUACAGAAAAUAACUUACAGUACAAUUACAUCUAUAGCUACAUUACUUACGUUUUUUGUUUUUUACAAAUACGUACGUUACAGUGCAAUACAAUAUUUAAAACAAUACUGGUUGAAGAACAUUUAUAUAUUUCACCUUUAGUGGUAUAGCUUCUAUGUCAAGCAACCAACUUUUAUGCUGAGCACUUGAAAAUGUCUUUGGUCCGGGUUCCGGCUCCAGAAAAUGAUCGUUGUCAUCAUCAGUAAAUGAAAGAAAUUUUUCGUCAUCAUUACAGCCUGUUAAAUUAGUUUAUGAUAUCAUCACAUGGUACAAAACGCCAACACUGAGCCGAUAAAACAUAGUUAACUUAGAACACUUCCCUGAACAUUUCAAGAAGCAGCUAUUAUGUAAAGAAUUAUUUUCUAAACAAGUUUUCUACCAGCGAGUUGAUCAAUGUGUCUCUUGCAUCUUGCUUAAAAGAUGGAUUAUUGUACUGGAGAAUCACAGACCACCUAAUUAUAACAAGACUUGCCCAAAGAAUAGCCUUCACACAAAUGAAACCCAGUUCGUGCACGUACUUAUUGAGAAAUUUUCUCCCUUUUCAUACACAGUCAGUUUGACACAAAUGGGGCGCAAAAUGAACAAAUAUUGCACGAUCCGGUAUCUUCUUUUGCUGGCAUCUCUCACUGGGUUCAUGAAUCUUGUUUACCUAACGUUCCUGGCCGACCUGAGGGGUACUCUCGAGCUUUACACAAUGCAACGUUCUUCGUCAAGUGUCCUUCGAAGACAGAUAGCAAGCAUUCAAAUAGACGCGGAUAUCAAAGCCGCCACGGGACCAAGUUUAAGUUACCUGGAACUGCUGAAUUUGGAUUUGAAAGACCUAGUUCAAAGAUACUUGGCAUCUUCACAAACUAUUGCUAAACAGUAUGAACUCAACAACCUGCAAGAGGAACCGCAGGAAGAGCAAGUACUUGUAAAUCACUUUUAUCUGCCUCGUUGCCUUCCGGUUCCCUUUCUCUUAAUCAUGGUUCACUCAAAUCCUGUUAACUUCAUGGAUAGAGAAUCCAUACGGUUAUCGUGGGGUCGAGGAGAUAAUCCAGUAAAUCAGGGCAGUUGGACAAGUCCUGAGAGGUAUUUACUGUAUUUGCUUUGUUUUUGUUCAGGAAUUCAGUUACUCCGAACUAUUCCACUACUGCCACACGUAUUCUGUGGGCACGUAAUUUGUGGGCACGGAACUAUAACUGGCAUGACGUGGGUGGAAAAAAGUUAUUUAUGGGGGAGAGAAAAACAGGGUUUCCUCCAUCUCUGAGACAUUCUUUAGGAAAAAGUGAUCGGGCAAUGAAUUUUCUAUCUUCCCUCUAAUACUCAAGACUCAAAAGGGUCUUGCCUAUUCGGGAAUUGAGAAUGAAUACGUUAUAAAAAACAACAACUUUGCUUCAAUUUUUUGCUUUGCAAUUGUGGCUAUCGUGAUCUAGAGGAAUGUCGCCCUUUGUAACAAGAUUUCCAGAAAAUGUGAGCAUGAUUUAAUUAUAAUGCACAGGGAGCAACGCUUUUUUUUCUACGCUCCUUUUUCCGUUUAUGUUCUCCUUGGGAAGUGUAAAUCAAUAAUUGUGCAACCGCAACUGAGAGUGCUCAUGCACGUGAAGGCUCGUUAAUGUCAGUUACCACUAUGUGUUUGGGAGAUGUCUCCCCUAAAUAAAUGUUAAUGAGACUUUCCGUGACUCGUGGCCUGUCUCGCGACCAAGAACCUUCAUCCCAUAAAAAUAUCUGUGGCAGCCAGUAUCAUUUCAUGAGUCCACAAUUUCAACAAGCAAAUUUCAGAUCUGACAAAACCUAGAAUCUGCCUAGUCAUAAGACUACAAUGAUGAAUGAAAGCCAUAAAUACGUUAGCAUGUGAGCACAGCUACGUCGUAGAAUCUCAUCAAAUGGCUAAUUUAUGGAAUGUGUGUACGAAAGGUUUUUGCUAAAUGUCAGCGUGUGUCUUUCGGAAUUCGGAUAUUCAUCCUACGUAAGCAGGUGUGUGCCUUGUUGCUAUGCCCUGCAUAUGUUAUCCAUAUGUUCAUAUACGACCCGAUUUACAUUUCUUUGGUGGCAACGGUUUCGAGAAGAGUUCCAAAAAAAUUUUUAGGGAAAACUUUGUCAUUUUAAAGACUUCUUGCCGUCUAAUUUUUGAUCUCUUGACUUCUUGUUCCUUCACGCUGUGAUAAUAAUGGAAGGUAAUUGGAUUUCAUAAUGCUAAAAAACAUCAUGUCCCAUAACUUUGCCAUAAGAUGAGUAAGCAAACUCGACACAUCAAAAAAAAGAAAAAAAAAAAACAAGAGAAGAAAUCCUUCUUAAUUGUGUUGACCUGAGCUACUUGUUCGGUUAACGAAACAACAAUUUUUUGUGAUUUGUUUGUUUACACGUAACAAAUUUCGUUUAGUUGAUAAUGGUAAUAGGACCGAGUGGAGUCCAAUUCGGUCUGUAAUCAUACGAGUGAUUAACAAAAUCGCAAGACCGCGAAUUUGUCCAUCACUGGUAUGAUUACAGAAAGAAACAUGUGGUGCUGCGUCGGCGUGGUGUAUUACAAGAUAAUUUGGUUUAAUCAACUGAGUUCAUAUUGUACAUUGGCCACCGUAAAGAGUUUCUAAAUCUGGCGUUUCGAGUGUCAGGCCUUCGUCUGAGCGUAUAGAGGAGUUGUGGAUUAUGAGUGUUUUAAACCGGUUGAUAAAACCAAACAAUGUGAUAAAAUAUUAAUCCAGGUUCAAGCCGUUUAUUGUACGUUUACAAAUCUCUAAAGAAGUUUGGCACUCUAUGGAAUGAGAACCUUUCGUUUAAGGAAUACUCUUUUUCUCCUUCAUUUAGAUCUUGGAAGACAGUUUUCCUCGUUGGGAAAACGAAUAGUUCCAAGCUAAACAAUCUGCUGAGGCAAGAAGCUCAGGUUUACAAAGACAUUGUCAUCGGAGAUUUCCUCGAUACAUACCGUAACUUGUCCUUGAAGACUUUAUUAGGUCUUCAGUGGACCUCACACCAUUGCAAACCUAAGUAUAUUCUCAAGACAGACGAGGACUGUUACGUGAAUGUCCUAUCGCUUGUUCAGUGGCUACAAGAAUAUCACGUGACCAAUGGAUCAAGGCCGCUAUACGCGGGUAAUAUUCAGAGGGACAUGGAGGUUGUGAGAGAUAAAACAAAUCGUUACUAUGUGUCCGUAAUGGAUAUUAAUAGACACAAGUAUCCGCCCUAUGCCUCGGGUGGAGGUUAUGUGUUCAGUGCAAGUCUCUUGCCCAGACUUCUCGCUGCGUCUCAGGAGGUUCCUAUCAUACCAGUAGAAGACGCUUGCUUUGGACUGUAUAUGCAGCACAUUGGUAUCAAACCACUUCAUAAUAGCAAAAUUUUACCGUAUGUCUUCUGUGAUGGCGCGAAGACUAGCUUGAAUGAAAGACCAAUAUGUCAUUUACGCGAUCCGCUUGUGUUACACGGCAUCAGGGACAUUCUUCAAAUACAGACACAUUAUAACGUCUUGUUAAUGACGUUUCUUCCAACAAUCUGCUCGUACGUAGAUAAUCAGUCAUUUAGCAAAAACUUUCAGCAAUCGUGUUAACUUGUGUAUAAUGUACAAACUAUGAGGAAUUAAAUUAUUGUCAUCUACGUUUCAAGCCAACAUUUGCAUUAAAGUUCUAAUAAAAAACUUCUUAUCAACUAUGAAAGACUUCAUAACAUCUGCGAAACACGAGCAAAUGCCACAUACACGCCCUGAGUAUAAAGAGUUUUAAGAAUGAUCUUCAGAGGGAGUAAUGAUCGAGGAGUAAUGUUAUGAUGAAUAAGUAUUUUAUUUUCUAGUUCUCUCACGAUUCCGAUUUUAAGUCUAGC